UUGACGGACACUUUUUGUGAAGAGUAUACCGUGUGAAUAUUUGUGUCUGAAAAAUAAUCUAAUCAGAAGGCAAGUGACUAAAUGCUUGAUAGUAUUAUAAAUUUUUCUAUAGCAUUCGGAGUGGGCCAACAAGUCUCAACAUUUCACUAAACAUCCUGUUGGUCAAUUGUCGAAACUAGUUGCGAAAUUGUAAUUUUCUAUUGUGUCUAUGUUUUUGCCAAGUGUUUUUCUGCCAGUAUGUUAUUGAUGAUAUAUAGCAAAUAGAGUGUCGUUUAAUUUUAGCGCAAGUAAAAGUGAUACAUAUUUAUCUGUUUUACAUAUUCUUUGAGAUGCAAAUAUUUACAUUUAUUUUCAAAUAUUUCGAAUAUGGAUUGCUUAUAAAUCGAUCCUUUUCGAAAGAUUCAAGUACUGUCGGCGAUACAUUUCUUGGAAUUACACAUUGAUGUAAGUAAGAACGAUGUGAGUUCUCUUGCCGAAUUGCGGUCAAAGGAACGUUCGACAAACACAAGUGUGAUAAUUAUUGUACGGAAUUGUCAAUUACUCAUGUACUUGAGGGAACAUAACGUUGUUAUUAGUUAGUAGUGUUUUUUUAUUAAUGGUGACUAAAUAACUGUACGAUUGACUGCUAAUCGUGCUUUAAAGGCAGCUUGCAAUUGAAUGAUGUCUUGAAGAGUGGAAGUGCGUGGGUGUUAUACUUCAUAUAGCGAUCUGUAAAUGAAGUGAUUCCGUAUUGGCUUGUUGCCUAUACAAAUCUUUGGGCGUAUACCAAUAGGAAUAUGUGGCUGUGUUGCCGAAGAUGCUGAACAAGCUUGUGCCACUAACUGGCAAGUAUUAUCCUUCCGCCUCAGGACAAAAGAUCUAAACUCAUCUGUGUUGCUUUACUGUCGUGUUGUACAGACACAAUGCGGGUCUAUUCUCUUGCUGAAUUUCCCCCACCACCUGCGUUGGGCAAAGUGACCUUGGAAGAGUCCGAUGGCCUCGUUUACAGCGAAAAGGAAUCACCUGAUGUUCUACGUGUAUUUCAAGCCGAUGUGUUCCCCGAGUUGACGUUCAUACGUAUCCAAGAUGAAUUGGCUAGGCCUUCGUCAACAAUAUCAAUGUCUGCGAAAAGCUGCAUUCUUCGUCAACAGCCAAGUGACCAAUGGGCCCAACUCUGUGAAGCAUACGUCGACCACGGUCUUUAUGGCCUUCUUGAUCAUCUGUCAACAGCUGAAACGACCGCUCCACUAAGCGUUAUGGCGGCGCCCGCGCGUCUCUCUUUGAAAUGCUACCACUGCGCUGGUCGAGUAUACACGUUCCUCAGAGGGCUUCUUUUCCCACAACUUCAGCUAUCUCCGGAGGAGAUUUGCUCGAAAUAUUCAGAGGUAGCCAACUGGCGUUCCGGGAACGUACGUGCAUUGGCAUGGCACCCUGGGGCGAAAAAGCUAGCAAUCGCCCUACGAAACGACUCGGUGAUCUUGUAUACUAAAAACUCCGCGAUCAGCUCGGAGUUAAAACAUCCCAAGCAGAAGAACGUUACCUGCGUCGCUUUCAGACCGUUCAGUGGCUCGCAUAUCGCGGUCGGUUGUGAGACGGGUUUGCUGUUGUGGAACAUUCCGGCCGCGAUCGUCGUGAAAACUCCUACCAUGCAUUCAGCCACGCAAUUUCUCCCGGGAACCCUAAUCAGUUCCGUAGCUUGGCAUCCCGCCGGAAGUCUUCUGGCAGUGUGCUCGGCUCGUUUUGGUGAUAUAAAUGUAUUUGACGUUGCAACUGGGGAAGCUGUUCCUUUGACGACGUUUUCGCUUUUACCAUCGGCUCAUUUACUGCGAUGGUCUCGGGACGGUUUCCGGAUUUUCGCCGCAUGUCCGAACGGCGGGUUCAACAUCUGGCAAGGAAGUCCCGUAUGGGAUGCGCAAAGAUACACAUCGAAAGUUGUUACGACGGGAUGCUGGAGUUACGAUGGAUGUCAGCUCUUAUUUACGGUUGAAGGCGAUCCUAGCGUUUAUCAACUCAGUCUUAACCCUGUUGGAGAACCGAUGGCCGCGAUACCCAGGCCGCGUGCUAUCAUCAGUCUUGACGGCCAUCCUGAUGGAAUUUCGGGAGAGGUUUCAAUCAUGGAGUGGGAGCGCAACUGCCAAAGGCUAGCAAUUGCUUUCAAGCAUCCCUCAAAUUUGAUUGCUAUCUUCUCAACAAAGAUCAAACCAUUGUUCGAUAUCAAACCACUAGGUUUCUUCCGUGGACCGUCUUCUCCCGAAGCGAUGAAGUUCUGCGAGGACCAACAAGAGGGCGGGAUCCUCACUGUCUGCUGGUCGAGCGGGCAAGUUCAACACAUUCCAAUGCACUUUGAAGUGCCUGCAGGGGACCGUUCAAUUGUCCUCAGUCGGGCUGCCGUCGGCGAACUCAGUGGCGACUUUUCCAACGAAUCUCCCCAGCAGUCACAACUAUAUUAAAGUGGACUUUUUAGAUAAUUGGUAUAGCCGUGGCAGAUUUGAUUGGGUAAGGGUGGAUGAGUAGAAUGAAUAUUUGCACGCUGAAAUUUACGAAUUAUUCCGAUGGGCUAACCUUAUCCGUGUUGCAAGCCGCUGUGAAUAAUGGACAGUUCGUUAUAAAUGCUAACAAAGAAAGCCUUGUUAUCGUUACCAACGGUACGAUACUUGUAACUUUUAAAUAUUCAGGUACAACAGGUUUCGAAAAUCGGAAAAAUAUCACUAUUGUACAUCUCUGAACAUGUUUCGUAAGUAAUACAGGUACUUAAUCGUUUCGGUAUUUGAAAUAGGUUAGUUUAGCUGUAGCUGAAGAGAUCAACGGAGUAUAUCUAGUUUUAAGGAACGAGUAAACGACGUUGAACUAAAUGGAAUGCAUGCGUAUAGGCCUGACAAGUCAUAGCAGGUCAACUCGCGAAUUCGACUACAUGUCGAUAAUGAGUAGAACGAACGAAAAUUGUAUGUAUGAACCUCACAUCAUGAAGUGGAUGUCGAAGGAUGCUUGAGAGCGUAAUUUUCGGUUGUUUGCUGUUUAGCCUUAUGAUAAGGAAAAGGUUACGCAUGUUAAAUAAGGUUAUCUAGUGCAAGUUAUGGCAUUAUUUUAUACAUGUUUUUGUACACCAUGUAAAUACAGAAAAAAAGACGUAUUUUAUAUAAA